AUGGCACCAAAGAAUGGUCGUGGCAAGACGAAGGGCGACAAGAAGAAGAAAGAAGAAAAGGAAAAUAUCAAACAUAUUAACAAUCAAAUAUUGUUGCGUUUGGAACAGGGAAUAUCUACUGAUAGAAUUAUAGACGUUCGCCGAUUAUUGUCGGUUAAUGUUAUUACGUGUAACAUCACAAGCUUCUCCUUAUCUCACGAGGUACGUGGUGUAUUUAAGGACUACGAUGGAGGGAGCGCCACCGCGCACAUCAGGAGGCUGCUGGACAUCGUCGCCUGCACGACGUCGUUCGGGCCGUCGGCGAGCAAGGACUCGCCGGCGAAGGAUGGGCGGGGAACUCAGUAUAGGAAGACUUCGAAGAAAUCGAGCAAGUCUCCCCGCUCGAGGAGCAACACAGGGAGUCCUCCACCGGCGGCGCCUGCAGCUGCCGCGGAUUCUGAUUCGAAGGAAGGAUCUUCUUCGGCGUUCGACGGAGAAGGAGAGAUGAACAAUACUUCUCCCAAGUUGGCAAGCUUCUACGAGUUCUUUUCUCUCUCUCAUCUCACGCCUCCUCUUCAGUUUAUAAGGAAGGCAUCGAAGAAAACCGACAGUGGAAUUAAUGGAGCUGAUCAUCUUUUCACUCUUGAAGUGAAAUUGGGUAAUGGUAAAUUGCUACUCAUUGAGGCUUCCAGAAAAGGUUUUCACAGCACUGGAAGGCAGCAAAUUCUUUGUCACAAUUUGGUUGACUUGUUGAGACAACUCAGUAGAGCCUUUGAUAAUGCUUAUGAUGAGCUCAUGAAUGCGUUCUCAGAAAGAAAUAAGUUUGGAAACCUCCCUUUCGGCUUUAGAGCCAACACAUGGCUUAUCCCACCUGUAGCCGCACAAUCACCGUCCACAUUUCCUCCUUUGCCAACGGAGGAUGAGAAAUGGGGAGGGAAUGGGGGUGGCCUAGGCAGAGACGGGAAAAGUGAUCUCGUGCCUUUUGCGAAUGAGUUUUUGUUUCUUGCAUCCAUGCCAUGCAAAACAGCCGAGGAGAGACAAACCCGAGACAGAAAAGCUUUUCUUCUCCACAGUUUAUUUCUCGAUGUUGCUAUUUUCAGAGCCACUGCAGCCAUGCAGCAUGUUAUGAGAACUCCAGAGCUAGUACAUUCCGCUUUGAACGAUCAAAUUAUCUAUGCGGAGAAAGUUGGGGACCUGAGCAUAGCUGUUGUCAAAGACGCGUCUGAUGCCAGUUGCAAAAUUGAUACUAAGAUCGAUGGGCAGCUAGCUCUUGGAUUGGAUAACAAGAAAGUAGGUGAAAGGAAUUUGAUCAAGGGUAUCACGGCUGAUGAGAAUACUGCCGCGCAUGAUAUUGCAACCCUAGGUGUUGUGAACGUAAGGUAUUGUGGUUAUAUUGCGAGUGUGAAAGUUGAAGGGAUUGACAAAGUCAAUGCGAAUCACCCAUUGACAAGCCUAGAGUUUCUUGACCAGCCAGAUGGUGGUGCUAAUGCUCUUAAUAUUAACAGUUUGAGGCAACUUCUUCAUGAAAAUGCAACUCUUGAACAAAGUAAGUUGACAUUGGUUUCUCGAGUGGGAGAGUGUAAAGAAGUUGAUUCUUCUGAAGCCUUUGUUGAGAGAUUGUUGGGAGAAAGUCUUUCAAAGCUAGAGGGAGAAGAAGCUGACAGGGACACUUUUGUGAGAUGGGAACUUGGAGCCUGUUGGAUACAACAUUUACAAGAUCAAAGAAAAACAGAAAAAGAAAAGAAAUCGUCUAAUGAGAAGGUCAAGAAUGAAAUGAAAGUCGAGGGACUAGGAACGCCUCUGAAGUCCCUUAAAAAUAAAAAGAACUCGGAUGGAGGUAAGGCGGAAUGGCAAACUGAAAGAUUAACCGAUGAAGUGAAGAAUGUGACAGAAACAGCUGUUAAUGUGAUAGAACCUGAGGUUGAUAUAAAUGCAAGUGAAAAGGAACCUAUGCUAAAGACCUUGUUGUCUGAUGCUGCUUUUAGUCGAUUAAAAGAUUCAGAGACUGGACUACAUGCCAAGUCACUCCAUGAACUAACUGAAUUAUCCCAAAAAUAUUACGAUGAAGUUGCCUUGCCUAAACUGGUUGCCGAUUUCGGUUCUUUGGAACUCUCUCCAGUUGACGGUCGCACAUUAACAGACUUCAUGCACACAAGAGGACUUCGGAUGCGUUCCCUUGGGAAAGUUGUUAAACUUUCAGAGAAGUUGUCGCAUGUGCAAGCUCUUUGCAUCCAUGAAAUGGUUGUACGUGCUUUUAAGCACAUUCUGCAGGCAGUUAUUUCUGCUGUUCGGGGACCUGAGAAUCUGGCAGCAGCAAUUGCAGCAGCACUGAAUCUGAUGCUUGGAGUUUUUGAAAGGGAACAGUCAGAUACACCUCAUGGUAUCAAUUCCAUUGUAUGGAGAUGGCUUGAGGCGUUCCUUAAAAAACGAUUUGAAUGGGAUCUAAGCAAAUCAAACUUUGAAGAUAUGAGGAAAUAUGCUAUUCUUCGUGGUCUAUGCCAUAAGGUGGGUAUUGAGCUUGUCUCCAGAGACUUUGAUAUGAAAUCUGCACAUCCCUUCCGCAAAGAAGACAUAGCUUCCCUUGUACCAGUACAUAAGCAAGCGGCAUGUUCUUCUGCGGAUGGACGACAACUCUUGGAAUCUUCUAAAACAGCCUUGGAUAAGGGAAAACUUGAAGAAGCUGUCAACUAUGGAACAAAGGCCCUUGCAAAGUUGGUAGCAGUAUGUGGUCCCUAUCACCGGAUGACAGCUGGAGCUUACAGCCUUCUUGCCGUUGUUUUAUAUCACACGGGAGAUUUCAACCAGGCCACAAUAUAUCAGCAAAAAGCAUUGGAUAUCAAUGAGCGGGAGCUAGGUCUUGAUCAUCCAGAUACUAUGAAAAGUUACGGCGAUCUUGCUGUUUUCUAUUACAGAUUGCAACACACAGAAUUGGCACUCAAAUAUGUGAAACGAGCUUUGUAUCUAUUACAUCUCACGUGUGGUCCAUCACAUCCAAACACUGCUGCAACAUACAUAAAUGUGGCUAUGAUGGAGGAAGGACUGGGUAAUGUGCACGUUGCUCUAAGAUAUCUUCAUAAAGCUCUGAAGUGCAACCAGAUGCUUCUUGGCCCAGACCAUAUUCAGACAGCCGCCAGUUACCAUGCCAUUGCAAUUGCGCUCUCAUUGAUGGAAGCAUAUCCUUUAAGUGUUCAACAUGAACAAACGACCUUACAAAUACUCCGGGCAAAGCUGGGACCGGAUGACCUUCGCACACAGGAUGCUGCUGCAUGGCUCGAAUACUUUGAAUCCAAAGCUUUUGAGCAGCAAGAAGCUGCUAGAAAUGGGACUCGCAAGCCUGAUGCUUCUAUUGCCAGCAAGGGCCACCUUAGUGUAUCAGAUUUGCUCGACUACAUUAAUCCAAGCCAAGAUGCUAAAGGGAAAGAUGCUGCAGGAUCAAAGAGAAGAAGUUACAUUGCAAAGGCAAAGGUGAAAUCCCUCCAAAACAAUCCAACCACAAUGGAUUCUGAAGUGACCCCAAAAUAUACUUCAAUUGAGGCAGCAAAUGAAGACAACCAAACCCCUAACUCUACUGUCAACUCCUCUGCCAAUCAUCCAUCUUCCUCUCCACUACUUCAGUCUAGAGAAAUUUUAGAGGCACCGACUGAGAAAAAUACUAUCCAUCCCGUACAAUCUUUGACACAGGAAACGCCUGUUAAUAAUGAUGUCUCACCUGAAACACACCCUGAAGGAGAAGAUGGAUGGCAGCCAGUCCAAAGACCAAGGUCAGCUGGAUCUUCUGGAAAACGGCCAAGGCACCGGCAUCAGCAUUCAAAUAAAUUAUUCAAUCACCAGAAGAAAGAUUCUGUUGCUGAAAUAGAUCAUGCCAGAUUGAAAAAUAACCAUCAAAGUAGUAAAUAUUAUGUCCUAAAGAAGAAGACAACAUCUCCAGGGAGCUUUACGGAAUACUAUGUGGCAAAGAACCCAUCACUGGGGACCAAAUUCGGGCGAAAGUUGGUCAAAACUGUAGCUUACAGAGUGAAGUCUGUGUCAUCAUCAACUACAGAUACUGCGGCAGCAGAGGGCUUGAAGAACGAGGGCAAGGCACUAAACUCUACAUCAGACUCAGGUUUGGUUUCGGUUCUCGUGCCUCAAGAGGUCAAAGGGGUAACUAAAAGGUGUUCGAUAGUUAGUUUGGGCAAGUCACCUUCAUACAAGGAAGUAGCUUUGGCCCCGCCUGGCACCAUACCCAUGUUACAGGCAAAUGACGGUUAUAGCCCCGAGGAAGUUGAAGAACACAACGAGCAGCAAUUCAAGGAUGAGAAUAAAUCUGGGACUGUUCUGUUAACUGCAGAAAAUGAUCAGGAAGACAACAUUGUCCAACUAAAAGUCGAAAUUGAAGCUUCCCAUAGGAAACAGGAAAUUCACCCAGACGACAAGGCGGAUAAUGACAAAAAUGUUCUCAGUGUAUUGGACAUAUCAAACACACUGGACACCACUCAUGUGCCGAAUUAUUCGUAUUCUCGAGAAGUGGGUGCUUGUACAGGAGAUUCAGAUCCAACCCUAGUCUAUGACGAUUGUACAAAAUCAAAUCCCAAAGAGGCAGAUGAAAUAAUGGCGAAAUCGUCUUUGAACGACUCGAAAGAAGUUACCAAUAAGAAGCUAUCAGCAUCGGCAGCUCCAUACAAUCCGUCUGCAGUCGCUCCACGUGUGGCGCCGCUGCCCAUUCCACCAGUCGGGCCUUGGCCCAUGAAUAUGGGCCUUCAUCCGGGCCAUGCCACUAUCUUGCCUGGCCCGAUAUCUCCUCACCACCACCACACAUAUCCUUCUCCGCCGCAAACUCCAAACCUAAUCCACCCUCUCCCGCCAUUUAUAUACCCUCAGUCGAUGCCACCCACGACUUUUCAAAUAACUAGCAACAGUCCCUACCAUCAACGUCAGUUUGCAUGGCCUGAGUACAUUCCCGUCACAGUUUGGCCUGGGUCCCGUCCGGUAGAAUUCCCAUCCCCGACAUUGGUCGAGUCCAUUCCAAAGCCCAAUUUGGAGGUGAAGGUUGCCGAUAUUAACCCUGAAAGCGUAAAUUUGGCGCCUAAUUUACCAGCGGAUCUUGACAGCGAGAAUGAGUCCAAGAAAGAAAUUGACCUUCCGGUGUCAGAGGCCGUGGAGAAUUUGAACGGCGUGAAUUUGGUUCAGCAAGUGGAGCAGAAGAAUGUUGAUGAUGAAAAGACAUGCAAUAUUUUGGUUAGAGGGAGAAGGAACAGGAAGCAGAUGUUGAGAAUGCCGUUGAGUUUGCUGAGACGGCCGUACAGUUCGCAGCCGUUCAAAGUUGUGCACAGUAGAGUGCUGAGGGAAACUGAACUUCCGAGAUCCACUGGCUUUGAUGCCAUUGAACAGGCUGCGGAUAGUGUGGCUUGAGGAGGCUUGGUAUAAACCUUAUUCAAAUGGUACAACAAGAUAAUCGAGAAGAUGUUGCAUUGUUAUUACGGAAUGGAGAAAUUGACAUCAGUGCCUAAUUUACGAUGUGUAUUGGAUGCCCAAGGUGGUCACUCAGUUUAUGCAGGUUCUCUUUUGGAAAUUUGUUUUUUUGAUCCACUCGGAGGUUUCUGUAUUGGUAUAACUUUUUUUUCCCAUUCGGUAGAGGAAUUUUGAUACUUCGGGUACAUUUUUUGUAUUAUUUGGGGAUAAAAUUUUGACAGUUGGUAAUAGUAUAAUUGGCCUUCUUUGGGUUUGAUUGUUUUAUUAUAUGUGAGUUUUGGGGUUUAGUAUAUUUCUGAAUCCAACUCUUGGCUAAUGUCAAUUGGAUUCGAUAGGCAAUGACUUUUCUUUUCUAUUCUGCUAUAUGAAACAAUAUGUUAAAUUCCUUUUCUUCUUUUAUUUCACUACUUUCCUAAAUGGUUUCUCAGAAGGUGACUUUCAGCAAAUCACUACUGACCUCAUUUCUUGCUUCUAUAUAGCCUGUUCACCUGAUGUAUCAGUCAGAUUCUUG